ACCUGGUUCUUAAUAGGCCACGGACUGGUACUGUCCGUGGCCUUGGGGUUGGGGACCCCUGUUUUAGAAGACUUUGAGGAUUAAUGUUCUUUAUAUCAGGUCCAGUUUUUCUUUGAAAGGGAAAUUUUUAACUACUGAUUUAAUCUCCUCAUUAUGGGUUAACUCCGAUUUUCUGUUUUUUUGUGAGUCAGUUUUGGGUGUUUCUAGAAACUCCUUCCAGCCACCCCACAUCAUGCAGCAGCGCUGCUGAGAUCAUGUCUGUGCUGUUAUUCCACGUCAUGAGAUAUAAAGAGGAGGACCCGGAGAAUCCAAACAAUGACCGAUUCAUCCUCUGUAAACAACUGGCAUUUUUCGAUAUGGCAAUCGGAUGGUACGGACAAGGACUGGGCACUGCAUGCGGCAUGGCAUAUACUGGCAAGUACUUUGACAAGGCCAGCUACCGGGUGUUCUGCCUCUUGAGAGACCGUGAGUCUUGGGAAGGCUCCGUCUGGGAGGCAUUGGCCUUUGCUUCCCACUACAAUCUGGAUAAUCUCAUAGCCAUCUUCGAUGUGAACCGCCUGGGCCGCAGUGGCGUCUUGCCCAUUGAGAACUGCAUAGACAUCUAUCAGAAGCGCUGUGAAGCCUUUGGGUGGAACACUUACGUGGUGGAUGGCCGUGACGUUGAGACACUGUGCGGGGUAUUCUGGCAGGCAACUCAAAUGAGGGACAAGCCCACUGCUGUAAUUGCCAAGACCUUCAAGGGCCGGGGCAUGCCAAGCAUUGAGGAUGCAGAAAGUUGGCAUGGAAGACCAAUGCCAACAGAAAGAGCAGAUGCAAUUAUCAAAUUAAUUGAGAGCCAGAUAGAGACCAACAGACAUCUCGAACCAAAACCCCCUAUUGAAGACUCGCCUCAAGUCAAAAUCACAGACAUAGAGAUGACCUCUCCACCUGCUUACCAAGUUGGUGACAGGGUAGCUACUCGUAAAGCAUGUGGUUUGGCUCUGGCUAAGCUGGGCCACGCAAAUGAGAGAGUCAUUGUGCUGGAUGGUGACACCAAGAACUCUACCUUCUCCGAGAUGUUCAAGAAGGAGCAUGCUGAGCGCUUCAUUGAGUGUUUUAUUGCUGAGCAAAACAUGGUGAACGUGGCACUGGGAUGCGCCAUCCGUGGUCGGACCAUUGCUUUUGUUAGCACCUUCGCUGCCUUUUUGACCCGAGCAUUUAAUCAGAUCUGUAUAGGAGCCAUCUUUCAAAGCAACAUCAACAUUGUUGGGUCCCACUGCGGGAUAUCUGUCGGUGAAGAUGGCGCCUCCCAGAUGGCACUGGAGGAUUUGGCCAUGUUCCGAGCCAUCCCCAACUGCACCAUUUUCUAUCCAAGUGACGCAAUCUCGACCGAGCAUGCUGUGUUCUUAGCGGCCAAUACCAAGGAGAUUUGCUACAUUCGUACCAGCCGCCCAGAAACCAAUGUUAUUUACACCCCACAAGACAGUUUUGAGAUUGGACAAGCCAAGGUCAUUCGCCACAGUGUCAAUGACAAGGUCACGGUUAUUGGAGCUGGAGUCACUCUGCAUGAAGUCCUAGCAGCUGCUGCUGACCUUUCCAAAGAAGAUAUUUCUAUCCGUGUCAUCGACUUAUUUACCAUUAAGCCCCUGGAUGCUGCCACCAUCAUCUCCAAUGCAAAAUGCACAGACGGCCUAAUUAUCACAGUGGAGGAUCAUCACCUGGAAGGUGGCAUCGGGGAGGCUGUCUGUGCAGCUGUUUCCAUGGAGCCUGACAUCCUGGUUCAUCGCCUGGCAGUGCAAGGAGUGCCUCGGAGUGGGAACUCCAGUGAAUUGCUGGAUAUGUUUGGAAUUAGUGCUGAACACAUUAUAGUGGCCGUGAAAAGUGUUCUAGCAAACUAAAAUAGCUGUCGGCAUCAACCUUAAAAUACAAGUUCUACAUUUAUGCUUGUCGACAAACCUUCAUUUAAAUCUACACUGUUUGUUCUUAGUUAUUUUAAAAAGCAAAGCAAAUUAACUACCUUCAUGUUAAGCCAUAACUACCAAGUGUAACACUCAUCUUUAAGUAAUUAAAGUGGGUUUUAAGUGACAAUAGCUAACAGCCACCUAAUACCAAGUUUGGUGAUGAUGAGACUACAGAUAUGUGGGCUGGGGAUUAACAUCCAGUAACAGUUUUUCAAUGUGUGUAUUUUCCUAAUAAGUAAAGAAAAUGUGAACUGUAGACUGUAACCACCUGGGCUGUGCAGCACUAUGGCAUCAUGCUGCACACUGUCAUCCCAGGUCAGGAAUUUAAGUGCUGCCAUCCUACCUGCAGCUUCCUGGGCACUGUGUGACUGUGGAUGUCCUGGAAUUUCAUCUCCCCUCUUAGGGUGCAUGGAGCAGCAGUGAAAGAUCUCAGAAUGUUGUCCGCUGCUUGGGGUGACUAGUCUGUGAAGAGAGGACACAACUAGUUCUAGUCUCCACACUGUACUCUUUUGUGAGGCCCCAGAAAUGUCUUACUUGCCCAGUGAAUACAUCAAACUUAGUUCAUUAUAUUUACUUACUAUAGGUACUAG